GAAAUGUCAUUGACAUUUGAUAGCUCUAUUAUUUUUCAAUGCUAUAUCGGUUUUUAUUUACAACUGGAUAUCACAAACAUUUGAUAAACAUUCAAAAACACUGCGUUCUUCAAAAGCAAUAAUCGGAAGUCGAGUUGAAUUAUAGAGGGCGUUGCGAAUACUCUGACAUGCGUACUACGACACCCCGGUUGUUGUGAUGGCACUUACGGCAAAUGGGGAAAAUGCUGGCACAAAUUUGAGAAUCGGUUCGUCAUAAUGGAGAGUUAGACCCAGGGAGUGCUAUAGAGAACCUGAAGACUUCCCUUCUGUAGAAGAAGUCAGGGGUGAAGGCCGGAGUGGAUAUGGGGUCCAGACGAACCAGUUCCUCGUCGUCCAUGUCUGUGACUGACACAGAAACCACAAACAGGCCAGCAAAGAAGACGCCAAAUGAUUUUAUCUUUGGUAAAGCUAUUGGUGAAGGAUCAUAUUCAACAGUAUAUCUUGCCAAGGAGGUUGGAGUGGAUAAAGAAGUAGCAGUGAAAGUUCUGGACAAGAGGCAUAUAAUCCGAGAACGCAAGAACGAAUAUGUGAUGAGAGAAAGGGAGGUUCUCAUGAAGUUGAAUCACCCAUUCUUCAUUCAGCUCUUCUGCACAUUUCAGGACUCAGAGAGACUUUAUUUUGUGUUGAGUUUUGCAAGAGGGGGAGAGCUGCUCCACUACCUAAACAAGCUGUCGUCCUUUGAUGUUCAAUGUACAAAGUUCUAUGCUGCAGAAAUAGUCAUAGCGCUACAGCAUCUACAUAACCUAGGCAUUAUCCACAGAGAUCUCAAGCCUGAAAAUAUUCUUCUCAAUGAUGGGAUGCAUAUCCAGAUCACUGACUUUGGGUCAGCCAAGAUUUUGAAAGACUCUUCUCCAGAAGAAAACUCCAAAGGUGGAGAUGGCACUUCAGCUUCGGGUGGGCGGCGGAACUCCUUUGUUGGAACCGCCCAAUAUGUCUCCCCAGAAGUACUCACAAGCAAGAAGGCAUCAUUCAGUUCGGAUCUGUGGGCACUGGGAUGUAUCAUAUACCAGUUUCUGUCAGGCUUGCCACCAUUCAGGGGAGGACAUGAAUACCAAAUAUUCCAGAAAAUAACCAAAUUAGAGUAUGAUUUUCCUGAAGGUUUUCCCGAAUCAGCCAGAGACUUAGUGGAGAAGUUAUUGGUCAUUGAUGAAACAAAGCGAUUGGGUUGCCCAGAAAUGGGAGGAUUUGGCCCACUGAAAGAUCAUGAGUUUUUCAAGGGCAUCAACUGGGACACUUUGAAAGAUGAACCUGCCCCCAAGAUGAUGCCAUAUUUACCAGCAACUAGUCAUAACCCUGAGCUGUGGAGCUCAGAGAGGGUUGGCUUUGAUGACAAGAGACUAGUUGAGAUAAUAACAGACACUGUUAUGACAGCUGACGAACGCAAGAAGGUGCUUGAGAAACAGGCCACAUCUAACAAGUACCACCAGUUUGUGGAAGGAAACCUUAUCCUCAAACAAGGCUUGAUAGAUAAACGGAAGGGCCUGUUUGCCCGGAGACGCAUGUUGUUACUGACUGAGGGGCCCCACCUGUACUACGUUGACCCUGCCAACAUGGUCCUCAAGGGACAGAUACCAUGGUCCAAAGAACUUCGUCCUGAAGCCAAGAAUUUUAAGAUUUUCUUUGUACAUACUCCUAACAGGACAUACUACUUAGAGGACCCAGAAACCCGGACAGAAGAAUGGGUUCGUAAGAUAAUGGAGGUGUGGAGGCGGUACUACAGUUCCGACAACCAGCCAAUGAACAGGUCCUAGCUAUGGUUGAAUUGUGGCACACUGACAUACCUAGCAUACUGACAUACCGAGCAUACUGACACACCUGGAUAUCGAUAUGGAUAUGUGCCAUACACAGAGAUAAAUCUAGGCCACACGAUCGCGGGACUUCGUCAGUAUUGUUGCACAUUCCCGUACAGAAUGUUUAUGUUAACAGGGGUUUAUUUGUGCACAACUUUGUGAACACAAUUACAGUUGUGCAGUGCAUGACCAAUGGCACGGAACAAUCUCCAAUGAUGCACAUGAUACUGUAAACAUCCACCAUUAAAAUCAAUGAGAAGUUACCAAUGCAGCCAAUGAGAGCGGUUGUAACAAUCCUAUUUAUGACAAUAUUGCAAUGGUCCAAUCCCUAUUUGUGUUUCAAACAAAAUGGAAUAUUCUCUAAUCAGUCUCACUGCGUCAUAUCAUUGAAUGUUGGAAAGCAUAUUAGUGCAGGUAAUUUGUAUGAGGUACUCAUUAAUUUGUAAUUCCCCAUUUGUUUUUCUGGUAGAUUCGUAUCUGUGUAUAUGCUCACACAGUCAGUUUAAUAGCUCUCAUGCUGUUUACUCGCAAGUGAAACUUAUUGCUCCAAUUGAUUGAUAAUGAUAAUCAGACAUGUCUGAUAUAGUUAAACAUUCACCUGUAAUAUGAGUACCAUUCUGUAUCAAGUUGCGAUGAAAAAUAUCCCUAUCAACGUGAAAUAGUGUAAUAAUAGUUGUAUUGAAAGAAAUAUUAGUAAAUCUGUAUUAAGAAGGGAUCAUAUUCCUUUGACUUUCUGUUUUGCCUUUAGAGACCUUUACAAUGAUUUCUUUGAGAGGCAUCUUCUUCACAAUUAUUAUGAACGGAAACUUGACAAUGUUUCCAGUAACAGAUGGGACUUCCUGUGACAAUUAUGACUCUGUUGCUGUUGUUGCUUAAUAUUACGCAGUGUUGCUUGUGUCUGGAUCAAUUCAUCUGCUCUAAUUUGAAAAAAAAGUGUUCUUUUUUGUUUUCUGGUACUCCCUGAGCAUAUCUUUUGCAUCUUAGGACAUGGUUUUUCAGACCUUUUCUGUUUUUGUCUUUCAAAUAGUCAUGGAAUGUGCCAUAAAUAAGCCUGUUCAUUCUUCAGGAUGUGAUGAAGUCUUUACAAUCUAUUGGAAUACUGUCUUGGAUCAUCUCUCAUUAAAGUCACAUCUUUUGCUCUGAUGUGAUACCUCUACAAGUGAAUAUCUGACAACCCCUCAACAGAAGGUCACAUCCGAGACCUGAGCAAACUUUGUCUCCCGUGAUGAAUGCAUGGAAUCCUGAGCCUUUAUGUCAGUUACAAAAUGGUUCUGCUUUUGUUCCUCAGUUAGGAUAUUUUCUUUCACAAAAAUAGAAUCCACUCAGGACGCAAAUAUUAAUUUGAUACUAUGCCCUUAUGGUCUUUUUCAGAGACAAGUGUAUAGCAUACUUAGAAUAAUGUUAAGGCACAGCCCUUAUUAUUUACAUCUGGUAAUGCUCAUUUGUGAGACACUGAAAUCAGAUGUACUGGGCUUAAUGUUUUGCUCACUUGAACUACCUUUUAGAAGCCUCGACACUGACUGGUUAGGAAGUUCAGCUGAUGCGAGCUACCACUUUUGGGAAUACUGUCAUAUCCUUCACACAGUGUUGUAUUGGAGGGAAAGAUCUGAUCGUAAUGAAUGUGUGUGGAACUUUUGUCUGCAGGUCAUGACAAUGUUGGCCGUUAUGUUCCUGUAUGGAACAUGUUCAUUAUCAGAAUCAUGCCUAUGUGGUAUUAUGCACUGCAUCACACUCAGUGUGAUGUCAUUGUCCCAGUGGUAUCAGUUGCUGUAGUUCAGUGUACAGAGUUGCAUCCCUUAGUCAAGUCAGGAUCUGCAGUUCCAGAGUUAAGAUCACAGUUUAGGAUCAUAGUUUCGUCAGCCCCACAGCCAUGCUGACAAGUUUCACCGAAAUAUUUACGAACGUUUACAACCUGUCAUCAUAUCAGUCUUUCAUCCGACCUCAAGCUGAAGUGCCAUAAAAAAAUGUUCAAAUUUGGUUUUGGGUUCACCCAUUCACUCAUAUCCGUCAGGGCUAAAUAACAUGGGAACAGAGGAUCGUGGGUUAAUAUCCUGGUUUGCCCUGAUUAUGUUUCAGGAUCUAUCAGCCCCUUACCAAUCUGUUAGGUUCACUUGUUCUGUAGGUAAACAUUUGAGCAUCACAUCAGAGAUUAGUCAGUUUGAACCCAUCAACAUAUAAUCAACGUCUUUUACAAAUGAUCAUGUUUUCUGGACCAUCAUUUUGGCUUCAAUAAUCCAUAAUUAGGGCUGUGGCAAUAAAUUUUAAAUUUCCAAUAUUGUGGUUGCCAACACCAGUGAGUGCAGUGGGUCAUUGUGUUGAGAUUGUUCUGUGGUACGGUGUUCUCUCCUGUUUUUUGUUUGUAAGGCUGAUGCUUUUUUCUGACAUGCCAGUUUCUGUUAGUUGUAGCUGCAAUUUUUUCAUGUAAGGUAUCAUUUAUAUUAGAAAAAUUAUAAUGGCGUUAUAAUCAUUUGCAAAUCAUUUCUUUUCUUGGUGCAGCUCAUUCUUUAUUCAGUCCUUUAACAUGGAACCCAAAAUGUGCCUCUCCAGUGUUGGUGUUUCUAUGAAGUCACCGACCAGGGUUACCUCCCUUUCACAGCACAUUGUAACAAGGUGCGUGUUGGUAUCCUUUGACGUCAGACCAAACAAAAUUUAAAAUUUCCAAACUUCUGUUGAUAAUCUUUCUUUGGAGGUUACAACAUACAAUUACACUGAGAGCGUGGCAGGGAAUGAGAGUCUUGCAGCAGAUCAAGGGUAGUUUAACAUGGCUCCUCAGGGCAGGAUUGAACAGUUUAGAGCUUGUACGUAUGCAAUUUGAAGCUGCAAAAUGCAACCUCAUAAUUAUACUAAAUUGCACCCAGUGCAUGUAAAUAUUUUGCUGUUCAAAGAACGAGGCUUCAUCUGGAAAACAGAAUGACGAGGAACUGGCUUGGAAUGGUGAAUGACUUAAUGGACAAUAACUGAAUGAUGGUUACUGCUCAGGUCAUGAAAUUUUAAUGAAGUAAGACAAAAUAAUCUUAUCGGAUUAAGUAGGUUUCAUUUCCCUGACUCUAGCUGUGAGUUGUCUAAGAAUGAUAUGUAGAUAUGUAAAAGUAGGGACAACCUUCUGAAGUUUGUGCAGCUUUUAGAUGUAAGGAAAAGGGAAGACUAAAGGGAGGUUACUCUGUUUCAUGUCGUUUGGAGAGUGUGAAUAGGUGUUCUGCUGGAGAGGCCUAUUUUGGGUUUUGUCAUAGGAUCAAAGGUAGAAGGAAAUUGCACAAUAUCAUAUUAAGACAGAUAUACUGAUGCCAUAAAUACACUUAUCCUUUGUUUUUACCAAAGGGUUUGCUUCAUAGUUUUUUAGCUUUCCAAAAUGAAAUAUACAUCUAUACAAAAAUAUAUUUCAUGUAGAAUAGUAAAAUGAUGCGCCUUCCCACCAGAUAAGACCAUUUAUACGACUGCUUGUAUGAAUAACCACAAUAAUCUAUAUCCUCAUGUUAUGGGUUUUCGGACGUUGACAAACAUUUGUUGUUUUCUCUGUUAUUGCAUGAAAAUUGUGAAACAUGUCACCACUAUUUACAAUGUCUGUGAGUAUGCACUGCCGCCUGAAAACAUAAGAUGUCCGAAAACACAUAAUCCGACGAUAAUAGUAACUUGUUCAGUCAUGUGGACUGAACGUUUAGUUGAAUCCCUCCUUACGUUAACAUACCAGUACUGUGUUGAUUUGUUGCAGACAUUUCACCUGUAUAGAAAUGUCUUGCCACCCCCAAUCUGUGUCUUGUUUUGUUGUUGAAAAAUCUGUACAAUGUAUAAAGUUUUGUUAUUAUUAUUUGUAAAUAUUGUAUUUUGAGAUUGAUAUCCCGAGUCUUAGUGGUCCACUCCCUGAGUACUUUAUAAACUUCCAUUAUUUAUACUGUUUGUACACAGAUAAGGCUAUGCUUGCAGCAUACCACUUAGCUCCCUACACCCUUGUGCUACGUCCUAACAAAGAUGAUUUUUUGCUAAAAUGUUAGAAAUUUGGUUCUCAGGUCACAACUUUUUCAGAAUGUGCAGAUUAUUUGGGAAACAUUUACUUCUUAGCAAACUGCUUCCUCACCACGGUUCCUAGUGUAAUGUAUUAGGUUUCUUUUUGGGGUUUGUUUUUUGCUCUAUUAGCACAAACUUGUCUUUCUGAGAAUCUUUCAGUAGAAUUUAGUCUUAGAAUUUACACCAUUAGUACAUUGUGGGAUGUGAUUAUGCUAGGAAUGAAGAGUACGCAAGCAGUGAAGUAUUUUGAUGAUGCACUAGCUCAGCUUACUAAACCAACCAAAUUUGGGCUUCUGAACUAAAUUUAGUUUAUAACUUUGUGUGGAUGAGUGGGGUGUCAAGAUACGAAUAAACUAUAUACUGAUCUUGCUAUGGUCAUUAGCUAAUGAAAGGAACCUGGCAACCAAAUUUUCUAUUUUUAGCUGUAAGUAGUUACGCAAAAUGUAUCUUGAUAUAGGCAAUAUCCGGUGUUUCCUCUAUGGAGUAACUACACAACAUUGAUAAUCUGCACAUGAAAAACAAUCUGGCUAAUCAAACCAUCAACAUACAUUUGUUUGAUGAAUAUGUUAGAAGCAUUGGUCUGGUCAUAUUUGAAAAUAAAAUCAGAAUUUUAUCAUAA